AUGACUUUUUUUUUCCCCAGAAGAUGCAGCACAACAAAUUGGUACAAGAGAAGUAACUUUUUCGGUCAGGGCAAUUACGAAAGGAUAGUAGCUGCCCUCUUGAGCAGUAGCGUGGUGUACUACUGCACACUGAGAAAUGAAGAGAAGAGAAGGGAAUUCAAAUCACACGUGAAAAAUGUAAAGAGGGAUCUAAGUACACUCCUCCUAUGGAGGCACACCAACAAUGGAAAUGAAGGCCUAUUCAGAAGUAAAACUAUAUCCUUCUGCGAUAACAAUAAGAAAGGAUUCCGUCACCCCUUGUGGAGAUCAGAAGAGAAAAGGCCCAUCGAAAAAAUGGAAAACGCCAUUCUCUUUAGUGGUUCCUCGAAUCCAUUGUUGAGUAAAAAUAUAGCAGAUCACCUGGGUACUACACUAGGGAGAGUGCACCUGAAGAGAUUCGCAGAUGGGGAAGUGUCCAUGCAAUUCUUGGAGAGUAUCCGGGGGAAGGAUGUCUACAUCAUACAGCCAACAUGUCCUCCAGUCAACGAAAAUUUGAUUGAGUUGUUAUUAAUGAUCUCCACGUGUAGGAGAGCUUCCGCGAAGAAGAUCACUGCGGUGAUCCCGUACUAUGGUUAUGCAAGACAGGACAGGAAAUUAAGUUCCAGAGUACCCAUAUCAGCAGCGGAUGUUGCUAGAAUGAUAGAAGCCAUGGGAGUCGAUCGUGUUGUUGCCAUCGAUUUACACUCGGGGCAAAUACAAGGAUUCUUUGGACCGAGAGUACCAGUAGACAAUUUGGAAGCUCAACUGAUAGGAUUGGAUUACUUCACAAAGAAGGACCUCUAUAAGCCCGUCAUUGUUUCCCCUGAUGCGGGAGGAGUAUAUCGAGCAAGGAAGUUCCAAGAUGGACUAAAUCAUAGAGGGGUAAGUGAAUGUGGGAUUGCUAUGUUAAUCAAACAGAGGACCAAGCCGAAUGAAAUUGAGAAAAUGGAUCUAGUUGGCAAUGUAUACGACUCUGAUGUUAUCAUUGUGGAUGAUAUGAUCGAUACCUCUGGAACUUUGUGUGAAGCUGCCAAGCAGCUGAAGAAACAUGGCGCGAGGAGGGUCUUUGCCUUUGCUACGCAUGGACUCUUUUCCGGACCUGCUAUUGACCGGAUUGAGAACUCCCCCCUCGAGGAGGUCGUCGUCACGGACACAGUGAAGUCAAAUAAGAACAUCGACAGCUGUAAGAAGAUCACCAAGUUGAGUGUCUCUGUCCUCGUGGCCGACGCCAUUAGGCGCAUUCACCAGAAGGAGUCACUCAAUGAUCUCUUCAACAUGAAGGGGUAG